AAGGAGCACAAGAGACGCAGGCUUUUACUUUCUGUUACAGAUCUGAAAGACUUAGAAAACCCUCCAUUCACAAGACAUGGCUGCUGCUGCUUGUAGUCUAAUGGCGGAGGAUAAUCUCCUGUGCUCCAUCUGUCUGGAUGUGUUCAAUAAACCGGUGACUAUUCCCUGUGGGCACAACUUCUGUCACGACUGCAUCAAAGAACACUGGGAUAAAAACCCUACUGUAAUCCAGUGUCCGAUUUGUAAUGAGAAAUUCUUCGAGAGGCAAAAGCUUCGGGUUAACACUUUCAUCGCUGAGAUCGCAGCAAAGUUUAAGGCAGCCGUUCAGAAGAAAUCUAGCGGUACCCCUGAAAAAGCCGGAAAUGGAGACGUGCUCUGUGAUAUGUGCACAGAGGCGGUGAAGCUCCCGGCCACCAAGUCCUGCUUGGUUUGUUUCUCGUCUUACUGUGACAAACACCUGGAGCGUCAUCGGAAGAUUCAAGCCAUGACAAAACACAAGCUGAUUGACCCGGCUGAGAACCUGGAGAGCAGAGUGUGCAAGAUGCAUGACGAGCCUUUGGAGUUGUUCUGCAGGGUGGAUCAAACGUUUUUAUGUGUUUCCUGUAAAAAUUAUGAACAUGUAAACCAUAAGACGGUGAGUUUGGAGGAGGAGGCUCAAAUGAGGAAGACCCAGCUGGGAAUAGAGAAGAAAAGCACGGAUGAGAUGAUCCAGGCGCGUCAGCAGAAGAUUCAUGACUUUGAACUCUCAGCGGAGGCUAGCAGGAAAAAUGCAGCGAAGGCGAAGGCAUACAAUGCAAAUGUGAUGACCGCUAUGGUUGACUACGUCAAGAGAAGCCAGGCUGAGCUGAUGGAGGUGAUAGAGAUGAAGCAGAGGAAAAUUGAAGCACAGACUAAAGGCUUCAUCGAAGAACUGGAGGGGGAAAUUGUGCAAAUAAAACGGAAAAACUUGAAGCUAAAUGAGGUCUCACACACCAGAGAUGCCUUUCUGUUCCUUGAGAGUUUCCUGACUCUCACCAUCAUUCCUCCUGAAGUUAAGGACUGGUCUGAUGUGUCCGUUAACAGUGAUGAGUUCACUGUGCAGGGAGCCUUAGAUGUGUUUAAGACAACAGUUCAGAGAGAAAUAAGGAUGCUGUGUGAUCCCGACUUAAAGGAAAUGCAGCGACAUGCAGUGGAUGUGACUUUAGAUGCUGAAACGGCAAACCCUCAGCUUCUUGUUUCUCCAGAUGGGAAACAAGUCAUGCAUGGAGACAAAAAGAGGAAUGUUCCAAACAAACCAGAGAGAUUUGAGCAUGUCCUUAAUGUCCUUGCAAAAGAGGGUUUCUCAAAUGGAAAAUUCUACUAUGAAGUCCAGGUUAAAGACAAAACAAACUGGGACUUAGGAGUUGCGAAUGAGUCCAUUAACAGGAAGGGCGAUAUAAGAUUAAGCCCCAAGAAUGGAUACUGGACUAUUUGGCUGAGGAAAGGAAAUGAGCUCACAGCCAACGCCGGCCCUGCUACUGACAUCCAUGUCAGGGAGAUGCCUCAAAAGGUCGGGGUGUUUGUUGAUUAUGAUGCAGGUCAAGUAUUUUUCUAUGACGCAGGCACCCGGGCAUGCAUUUUCUCCUUCAUCGAAUGCAACUUCACAGAGAAGCUCUUUCCGUUCUUCAGCCCCUGUGCCAACGACAACGGAAAAAAUUCAGCCCCCUUGAUCAUCACUCCAGUCGAAUACAACAGCUGAGUUCCUGUUUUGUUUUUGCGAUUGUGAUACAAAAGCAGACCGGGCGAAGGACUUGGAGAGAGAUCACAACAGCACAGCGCUGAAAUGUUUUUAUCUGUGAAACUCUGUGUGUCAUUCUGUUUCUCACAUCCAUCAGUGUCAGUGCUGCAUGUCAGUACUGCGUGUCACUGUGCGUCGCCUGUCACACAGACGGCUGUAGAUCUCCAGCUGAAUCCACGUGCAGCCGUCAGGACAUUCACCACACACACACACACACACACACACACACACACACAAACACAAACACACACGACACUGACACAGUCAUACAUCUCCCAGGGUUAGAAAAAGAAAUCUUUAUGUGCUGGCCAUUAAUUUUGAUGCUUUAAAGCUACUCUUGCCUGCCAAAAUCGGUGACAUAGGAUUUACAAAUAUUUUAUGGCUCUUCAUUUUUGCUGCUUGCAGUGCCACAGGACUGUUUACUCAGGACAUGAUGGAUGGUUGGAAUAACUUUUACUAUAUUAAAGAAGUAUUCUUUAACCUACAUGGUUUACAUGCAUAUCCCACAAUGACCCCCGCUACACCUCCGGAAAGGGAAAAUAAAUCUGUACUUUCUGUGUGCUGUAAUGACUUCACAGCGUUUAGAAAAUGUUAAAGAAAUUAAAGGACUUAUUAAUCAGUACUUUUUAUGUGGCUCUGGAUGACAAUUAUUUUUCUCCACCAAUUAAUGUUAUUCAGCUAAAAGUGUAGUUAUUGAAUGAAUCAGUCACAACACUGCAGCCUGACUGCCACAUAAUGCCUCGUCCUCUAAUUAAAAUCAACCCAACCUGCUUUCCAAGUUCAAAUGCAGCAAAUCGGUUUGAUUAGGAAAGGCUUAAAGCAAGUGUUUAUUAAGCAAAGACGGUGAAAGUCUGUUUGUUUGUCAGUGGAACGCAUUUAAUUGUGUUUCUUUUUGUAUAUGGUGAGAGGUUUUUGGGAGAAGAACAACAGCAUGAGUCAUGUCAGCAAAUGUCCCAGAAGUGCCAAAGGCCUCUAGAGGCCGUAGUUGUUAUGACAGGAGUGAAGGAAGAAGUCUGUCAAUGCUGCUUGUUUUAAAAGUAUAAAGCACAAAUAUUUUUUGCUAAAAUGCCAAGAUUUUGACCUGAAUCCGUCAACAGUCCUAUACUAAAUAUCCACUUACAUUGGUUUCCAGCUGAAAAAAAAAGUUUUUUUGAAGUUUAGUUACUCCACCACGGCUUAUUAUUGUUUUGUUUUGUGCUUGUAAGGUCACCACGGUUUUGAUUUUGCACCAAUCAGUUGUUACCAGUGUCACCAACAAGUUAAGUUGUCCUGCUAAAAGGUGAUAUGGAUAAACAUUUUUUUGUAGCUUUGUAUUAGCAAUAUUGUUUUGUUUUUAGGUUUUUGUCGUGAUUUUGGUCUUGAGCACGUGUCUCUAAAAUGAGGUUGUUAUAAUGUCAUGUGGACACAGAGUAGCUGAAGAGGAUUAGGAGAAAGUGAAAUUAGAUGCGGUCAGAUUGGCUUACGCAGUGCUGCUUUUUUAGGAUGUCAGAGCAGAGGGACCACACGCCGGGUAAAUGAGUGUGUGGACAUGACAUACUGGACAAAAAAAAUGUCUCCAUAUUGUCUAACAAUGACAAACACCAGUUUCCCUUUGAUGACUGUGCAGUUUUAAUGUUUAGUGAGGAAGAUAAAUAAUGUCAAAUCAAAGAGGACCAUGUAAUCUGAAAAUUAACAUUAGAAAGUGGGAAGAAACAGCAAAAUUAGAGUUUGAAAUGUCACAUAACAGCAGUGUCAAAUUACACAUGUAAUGUAAAGCAGCUGUCAUAGUCAGAUUUGUUUUUGUUCAUGCUGAAAUGAUUAGUCAAUUGUUAUAUUGGAUAGAGAGCAGAAAAUGUAAUAAUAAUCCAGACAGCCGACCAGUGUCUGAAGUCAUUUAUUCUUGUAAAAUGUUAUGUUUUGCUGCUGUUGUUUCAUUCAUAUUCAUGUCACUGUAAUUUCCAUUUAUUUGAUUGUUUGGACUGUUGGUUGAACAUAACAAUCUGAAUACUUCAUGAAGACCUCACUUUUAGAUAUUUCUGAAAUAGGGAUGGCCAUUUUCUAUUAUUAUUAUAUAUUUUUUAUUUUUUUGACAUUUCAUUGCUUUCGAAAUGACUACUUUCUUUGAAAUUAAUGGCUGUAAAAAUAUUUUACAAAAAUGCAGCCCUGGUAUGUACACGGUGCAUUGAAUAUACCGAAAAGUUUCUUAUAUUUACUAUGUAAUGUUUGAAAUGCAGUGAAGGUGAAAAAUAAUAAAGUUAAUUUAGGAA